CGGGCGGGGGCUCGGGGUGGCGGCGUCAUGGCGGAGGCGGCUUUGGACGCCGUGCAGAGGGAGUUACGAGAAUUCCCGGCGGCGGUAAGAGAGCUCAACGUGCCUCUUGCUGUACCUUACCUGGACAAGCCUCCAACUCCACUCCAUUUCUCCCGGGACUGGGUCUGCCCCAACAGGCCCUGUAUCAUCCGCAACGCCAUGCAGCACUGGCCAGCCCUGCGGAAGUGGUCGCUCCCCUACCUCAGAGCUACAGUGGGCUCCACAGAGGUGAGCGUGGCCGUGACCCCAGAUGGUUAUGCGGAUGCUGUGCGAGGGGACCGCUUUGUGAUGCCUGCUGAGCGCCGCCUGCCCCUGAGCUGCGUGCUGGACGUGCUGGAGGGCCGAGCCCAGCACCCAGGAGUCCUCUACGUGCAGAAGCAGUGCUCCAACCUGCCCACCGAGCUGCCCCAGCUGCUGCCUGAUCUGGAGCCCCACGUGCCCUGGGCCUCCGAGGCGCUGGGAAAGAUGCCUGAUGCCGUGAACUUCUGGCUGGGGGAGGCAGCUGCUGUGACAUCUUUGCAUAAGGACCACUAUGAGAACCUCUACUGUGUGAUCUCGGGAGAGAAACACUUUCUGCUUCAUCCACCCAGUGACCGGCCCUUCAUCCCCUAUGAGAUGUACACGCCAGCAACCUACCAGCUAACUGAAGAGGGCUCCUUUAAAAUGGUGGAUGAGGAGGCCAUGGAGAAGGUGCCCUGGAUCCCACUGGACCCAUUGGCCCCAGAUCUGGCUCAGUACCCCAGUUACAGUGAGGCCCAGGCCCUUCGCUGCACAGUGCGGGCUGGUGAGAUGCUCUACCUGCCGGCCUUGUGGUUCCACCAUGUCCAGCAGUCCCAUGCCUGCAUCGCUGUGAAUUUCUGGUACGAUAUGGAGUAUGACCUCAAGUACAGUUACUUCCAGCUGCUGGACUCCCUCACCAAGGCCUCGGGCCUUGAAUGAUGGAGCCCUGAUGAAUAUUACCAAGGACAACUCAUGGACAAGGUCGUGCCCCUCCUGGGCCAGGUCAGUUCCAGAGGCAACUUGGAGUCAGAGUGUGCUGGCCCCUGGCCCAGCUUAGCUUGCAGUCAGCUUUGCAGGAUGUCUGGAGGCGGUCUGAGACCAGGAGUACCAGGCAGGUCUGUGAGCUCACAGCUGAAGCAGCAGCCUGCGCUGGAGGAAGACGGGCUCCAGGUGCAGCCCCGCCCCUCACCUCCAUGACCUUGGGUGAGUCAGUGCCUCGAGCAUCGGUGUCCUGUCUGUGAGACACAUACCUCCCGGUGACGCCUACCUCACGGGUGUUGUGAGGAGUGGAGAUGGUAUCUGUAACGACAGCAUGGGUUGGCACGGAGUUGUUGUUCAAUAAAACAUGGCUGUGACUUGUGUGUGCUGACACCCUCUCAGAGUUGCCUUCUGUGGUCUGGUGAGGGCUGG